UCCGCAGAAACAGGAAGUGAGACCAAAACAAAGGAGCGGCGGCCGGGAGCGGACCUGCCUCUUACCGCGUCCCUUCCGUGUGUGUCUGAGCCCUGGCCACCGACCCCGGGGAACCGUCCGACUAUGUCCAACAUGGAGAAACACCUGUUCAACCUGAAGUUCGCGGCCAAAGAACUGAGCAGGAGUGCCAAAAAAUGCGAUAAGGAGGAAAAGGCCGAAAAGGCCAAAAUUAAAAAGGCCAUUCAGAAGGGCAACAUGGAAGUUGCCAGGAUACACGCCGAAAACGCCAUCCGCCAAAAGAACCAGGCAGUGAAUUUCUUGAGAAUGAGUGCGCGGGUUGACGCGGUGGCUGCCAGAGUCCAGACAGCGGUGACGAUGGGCAAGGUGACCAAGUCGAUGGCCGGUGUGGUGAAGUCGAUGGACGCGACGUUGAAGACCAUGAAUCUGGAGAAGAUUUCUGCCUUGAUGGACAAAUUCGAGCACCAGUUUGAGACGCUGGACGUCCAGACGCAGCAAAUGGAAGACACGAUGAGCAGCACGACGACGCUGACCACUCCCCAAAACCAAGUGGAUAUGCUGCUCCAGGAAAUGGCAGACGAGGCCGGCCUCGACCUCAACAUGGAGCUGCCGCAGGGGCAGACCGGCUCCGUGGGCACGAGUGUGGCUUCGGCCGAGCAGGAUGAACUAUCCCAGAGACUGGCCCGCCUGCGGGAUCAAGUGUGAUGACGAAACCCACUCUGAGGUUUUCUGGCCAUCUCCUUCUUCUGAAAUGCUCUGUGGAUAUUAGAGAUACACUAUACACUAGAAACUCUGAACGUGCCAGAAUGCUGAAAUGCUUCUACUUCGGGUUUACAGUGCGCUCCAGAUACAUUAAGAAAUUCCUAGCGUUCUCCACUCCUAUCUGUAUUUUAAAGUUCAGUACAGCUUGUGAUGGUGUGUAUUUUUAUAACUGCCUUUUAACAGAACUAGCUGAAUUGGUGUAUGUGAAUCUUUAAAAAAAGGGUCAAAACUCUCGUUCUCCUGUAUUCAAUUUUCUGCUUGAAUUAUCAGAGUUGAAGUGUUUUAUUUUUUAAUAUGGUGUAACCAAUGAUAUCUAGAAUUGCCACGUGGUACAUAAAAAAUAAAAAGGGGGAAACGAUUACGGGACUGUGAACUCCUUGUUCAGCUUAUUUAAUGGACAGUUCUGUUUCUGUGUAUCUUUUGUUUUUUAAACUCAAAUUUAGACUACAAUUGACUUAAUCUGUUCUAAUUUAUGCUAAAAUUACCUUUGGACAGACAUUUUUGCAUAGUGCUCUUACUGUUGAUGUUCUGUAAAUUUUCUGUGUGGUGGUUUUCUUUUUAUAACUGGAAAAAUUCCACACAAGUUCCAUUUGUUUUAAAGAAAAAUUGCUUACUUAAAGAACCUUUUAAAAGACAGGAUUUAACAUGACAGUUUCUUUCAAGUGAGCUCUAGCAUAUUUCUAAUUACUUUCCUAUUUCAACACUUUCGGCUGCCUGUCAAGUGUGCUUAUUAGCAUGGCAGUCACAUUACUCACUGCAACAUUGCCAAAGAACUGUUGAUUGGUUUGAGAAAAUCCUGGCACUGUGCUGUAGCUUUUAAGAUUUUAGCCACCAAAAAUAUAAAUAAAGUUAGGACUGCUUUUUAAGUUCUCAUUAUUUGCAUGUAUUGUUUUGUCUUAAAGCAACCAGUCUUUAAAAAUAUUGGGACUAUAAUUUGGAAUCUUUUAUGUAGCCAUGGAAAUAAUGACUACACAUGGAUCAGCUGGAAUUCUGGAAAGAAGGAUGUAAGCAGGAUUGGACAGCAGGCUUGACCCUGUGAGGCAAGAGCCCACUUCACUGCCAUCCAUCUUUCUUAAACAUCAAACUCAAAAGUAUAACCACCACUUUUUCGUAGCCUCAAGACAUGGAAAACAGAGACUUGGCUUUUGCCUCGGCAAAUAUACUAUCUAAGUUAAAUACAUAAGGAUUUUUUUCACUCUCCCUAUCCUUCACUGGAAAGUUUCUCAGAGAAUUCCAGUAUUUCAGAAAAUAAUUAUAGGGGCUCUUCCAAGCCCCUUGAGAGAUUCGUAACCAAGUUUCACCACUGUACCAUGUUUUUCCAGUGUGAAUGAAUAUGUUUAAAAAAAAUGAACAGGUGUCAGGCAAUGAGGACUUACCUCACAUUUAAGUGUUUUUUAUCUGACUGGAUGUUGUUCCAAUGUCUUCUGUAAAGGACACCUGUCUAUUGUCUGCCCAGCAUCUUUCUCAAACUUGCGCCUUUCAGCGUCUGCUCUCAUCCACAUGAUUGCACAGAGGCAGCUGUGUGAACACAGCAUGAGUUGUGACCACCCCCCCCCUUUAGACUGAAAAAAACAAUUACAACUUAAAAGAUAGCUUAGUGUUGAAGCCUUUGGUAAAUUGAAUACCCUUUUAUAGUGCAAACAGCCCUAACAAAAUUAAUAUAUUUUGUGAGAUUAAACAAUGCUUGUAUAUGCUUGAACUUUCUUAAGAUCUAUUCAUUUCAAAUUAUAUGAAUGUACAUUUUAUGAACCAUAAAUAUUAUUUUCAGACGCAUACCAGACCCAUGAAUUAUUUCCUCACUCUUGCAGUUGAUGAAAUGCUGAAAUGUAAACCAUAGAAGUUUGUCAAAUAAAUCAUCUAAAACUAUAUGUUACUGCAUCUGAGUGUGCGUCCUAUUGAAAAGUUAUUUGAGAAAAAAUUCAGUCAUAGAUUUGGUUCAGAAAGUACAGUAUUUUUCUGUAGUCACCCUUACCACCUGAAUUUCUGUUUAGUUACCAUGACAUUUCUUGCGUAUUUCUGUAAGCCCUGUAUAUUAUUUCUUUAUUGUGAUAGUUUCUUUAUGGCAACAAGGUUCUUCCUCAUAUUGAAACUUCCCUAGGCCAAAGAGGAAUAUAAUUUAUGAAAGUGUCCAACUCAAGCAUACAAAACAUACCAAUCUUCCAUGUGACUACUAGUAUAACUUUUUU